ACAUGAAUAAACCAAGAGUUAAUUGGCAUGCUCACAACACACACACACACGCACACCCGGAACCUAGUGAAUAGUGGCUUUAAUGUUACAAUCCUGCAAAAGUACUCUCAGUUAACCACAUUCAGGCUAUCCUAUCGAUCUAUUCCCGCUGUCCUAAACACUAAAAUGUGUUAAUGACUUUUUAUAAAUGAAAACUGAUUGCACUUGCAGAUUCUGCUGAACCUGUCAUCUUGUCAUGAUAAAUACAUUUUUGACAAAUUAAAACAGAGACUCUUUUAAGCCGAGCAGAUAACUGUAAACACAAAACACCCACACACAGGUCCUUCCUCCAUGCACUGUGCUCAUCUUGAGGCAAACCAUCGAAAGGGGAACUGAUUAAAGGCGAGGUUGUGUUUCACUGGGACCUAAAUUCUCAUUACAACAGGUUGUUUACAUAGGAAGUGGGUGAUACACCGGCUGAGUGAUUGAAAUCGCUGGGAAAGCCACAGUAAAUAUGUUUGUAGUCUCCAAUGUUUAAAUAACUAUGUUAAUUCCUCUCAGUCUUUUUGCUAGUUCGCAUGUACAAUUCAUGUUUGCUAAGUCCUGACCCAGCACACACUUCAGGAUGUUGGUUGGCUACAGCAGCAGCUCGGAGGAGGACAGCGAGGCGGCAGAGGCGACUGAACAACAUUGCUCUCGAAAGUGUGAAGAGGAAGAUGACAAUGGCCGCCCUGCGAGCAAGAAACCCAGAAUUGAGGAACAGCUUCCUAAAACAAGCAGGCUGCCUCUUCCUGGUUGCCUUAUGGCCAUGUUUCCAGAAGAAGUGGACUCACAGACUGAAGACAGCGCACUUCAUGGUGGACGCAUCCGCUCCUUCAAACACGAGAGAGGCAACUGGGCCACCUACGUUUAUUUGCCAUACCAUCCUGAGGAGGAGUUCAGGGAGUUGUUGGAUGCGCUGCUCUCUGUAGCAAGGGCCCAUGGUGCGGUUUUGACCCCGCAGGAGGAGUUCCACCUCAGCCUGUCCCAGACGGUGGUGCUGAGACACCACUGGAUCCAGCCCUUCACACAGAGCCUCAGGGCAGGCCUGGUGCACUGCAAGAGGUUUGUGUGCUCAGCGGGGAGAGUGAGGGUCUAUUGUAACGCUGAGAAGACGAGGACCUUUCUGGGGAUGGAAGUGUGUACUGGGCACGCUCAGUUGUUGGACCUGGUCCAAGCCGUGGACAGAACAAUGACAGAGUUUCGCCUCGACACUUUUUAUAAGGAUCCAUCUUUCCAUGUGAGUCUGGCCUGGUGUGUUGGAGACUUGGCAGGACAGAUAAAGGAGUGCAUUCAGGAGCUGCAGAGUCUGGUGGAUGACCACGAAGAUGGCCCAUUUCUGCUGAGGUUAGACUGCGUGGAGCUGCGCUGCAGAACAGGAAACAAGACCUUCCGCUUCCCUCUGGAAACCUAAAAUUUGACAUUUUCACCCUGACCACUGGACCUUUUACAGCUACAUUCUUCUGACCCACAACACUGACAAAUUAAGGCUCAAUGGCAAAAAUAAGGACUAGAAUAAUGUUAAUGUAAUUUUCUACAUUAUUUAUAUACAGAAUUAAAAUAAAGUUGCGACUGGUUUUGUA